UCUAAUAAUGUGUCCAGAAGAGCCACCACGGCCUAAAGCCUCUGCCCCAGGCCACACUCGCCGUCGCGCGAAGAGACCGAACCCUAACCCUAGACGAAGACGCGGCAACAAUGGUGUGCAUACGCAAGGCCACCGUCAAUGACCUUCUGGCGAUGCAGGCCUGCAACCUCCUCUGCCUCCCGGAGAACUACCAGAUGAAGUACUACCUCUACCACAUCCUCUCCUGGCCCCAACUCCUCUACGUCGCCGAGGACUACGGCGGCAAGAUCGUCGGCUACGUCCUCGCCAAGAUGGAGGAGGAGACCUCCGAGUGCCACGGCCACAUCACAUCCCUCGCCGUCCUCCGCACCCACCGCAAGCUCGGCCUCGCCACCAAGCUCAUGACCGCCGCCCAGAAUGCCAUGGAACAGGUCUUCGCCGCCGAGUACGUUUCUUUGCAUGUCAGGAAGAGCAACAGAGCAGCAUUUAAGCUCUACACCGAGACGCUGGGGUACAAGAUCCAUGAUGUGGAGGCCAAGUACUAUGCGGAUGGGGAGGACGCCUACGAUAUGCGGAAGCAAUUGAAGGGUAAGCAGCAGCAUCACCACCACCAUCAUCACCAUCACCAUCACGGUGGCGGAUGUUGCUCCGGCGAGGCUCCCAAGGGCGGGGAGGCGAAAGCAGGGUCAGCAGAGUGAUGGGUAAGAGGCCUUGGAAGAAAGAGAAGAUGAAGAAAGCAGUGCAUGGGUAUGAAGGAAAAAGCUAGUGUGGAUUCCACCUUUUAAAUGGUGGUGCAUCUAAUUCUCGUGGAUCGAUGGAAUAAGAACAGCACACCUUCAUGAGUGCAUGACUUUAAAUUGUUAUAUUUAUUAGUUGAUGUGGUUAGACUUACUUCUAAAACCAUUUUUCCCAUCUCAGUCUAGGUAUCAUGGUGGGGAAUUUGGGACUGGGAGUGGCUUAACUAGGAUCCAAAUAGAGUGUUACUUCAGGCAUGGAUGUGAAUAUUUCAUGUCAGAGAAACAAGUGCAUAAAGGUACUUAGAGAGUCAUGUGGAACGCAGCAAGUUGGGGAUUGAGUGUGCUCAAUUCCCAACGAAUGAUGAUGCAAUCAGUGAUUGUGAUUCCAUUAGUGAUAAGAUGGUUAAUGGAUGCUCGCAAUGGAUGGGUCAGUUACGUUGCAUUGACACCUCUGCUUCAGUUUAUAGGUUUGAAACUUCGUAUGCCAACCUUCCCCCCCCCCCCCCCCCCCCCAAAAAAAAAAAAAAAAAAAAACAGAAGCCAAAAAAAAUAAAAUGGAAGACUUGGUUUUUAUUUGUUCAAACCGGCAGGGAAUGGGUUUGGUAUGGUUGAUAAUGUAGGGGUGCUUGAGGUUGAUAACCUGGCUCUUGCUCAGCUGGAAUGAUGGGUUUGUAUUAGAUGAUGGUUGAUGAUUUGCAAAGGAUUGAAACGAAUAUUUUAAUUCUUGGCCUAUUCUAUGUAUUUA